AUGGAGACCACAGUGUUCAAACCCGAGGAACAACUACACCACAACCUGAAAAUCGUCGAAGGUCACCUGCGCCGUCCACCCCAACAGCAAGACAGCCAAGGGACCACUACCCAAAAAACAUACCUACCCGGAAAUCCCCGAAUCGGGCUCGAUGAUGCAUCUGCCAUCGCAUCAUACCUGCAACGCGAACUCCUAACCCCCGACCUUAACAAACUCUCCCCACAUCUCUGGCUUGUCGCCAAACAAGACAGCUCGCAUAUCUCGCCCCUCACCGAACAACUCGUUCGUGGCCGCGGGAUCAUCGUUACGGAACGGCCCGAACUGCACCUUGUCUGGUUCGACAACCACGUCUUCCUAAAACCCUUACCCAAAUACCUCCUCUCCCACGCCUUCUGGAGUUAUUACCUGGCCUCACCAACUUCCCCCAUCCCCACUCAAACCCGCCAUGAACUCACCCAAGCCGCAUAUGGCCUACUACGCUCCUACGCCUACCUCAUCCAGCAUAAAUCCGAUUACCUCCUAGCUACUCGCCAGGAAACCCGCCUCAUCUCACCUAAAAUCACGUAUGGGGCUUUCACCCAGUUCAUAAACCGCUGCUAUAACGUUUCGGAUGAUUUUGUAUCCCCCCGCUACCACUUCGGAGAACUUCGACUCACCCGACUGAAUUUCUGGAGCCGCGUCUUUCUAGGCAAGCUAAAUUAUCAGAAAGUGGAGUGGCAGUACGGCGCGUAUUUCGCCCGGUACUAUGCUCCUAUUCUAUUCGUGUUCGGAGUCUUCUCUGUGUUACUUAGUGCUAUGCAGUUAGUCAUUGCCGUCCAGGGAGUUCCCGACUCGAGCAGUGGGAGUCCGUGGUGGACGUUUGCGGCAGUGUCUAGAAAUUUCUCAAUUUUCACGCUUAUUUUUGUGGCAGGCGUUACGGCUUGUUUAGUUAGUAUGGUCUUGGUACUGGCUGGGAGGGAGCUUAUGUAUGCUCUGAAUGAUUUGGUGAGGAAGGCCUGGGGUAGAAGAAAUAAAGGAGAGAGGCUGGAUAUUAAUGGGAGCUGUUAA